AUGUCUGGUACCAAAGAGAAAGUGGAGAUCGAUCUCUACUACGAUGUCAUUUCUCCAUAUGCGUGGAUCGCCUUCGAGUCUCUACUCCGCUAUGAAAAAGUUUGGGCAAUUAAAGUAAACCUCAAACCGUUUUCUCUGAGAAAUAUCAUGCGAGAAAGUGGGAACAGACCUCCUGGUGUUGUGCCAGCAAAGGCAAUGUACAUGGCAAAAGAUAUACAACGAAAUAAUGAAUACUGGAAGUUGAAGUUGAAAGCCCCUAAGAAUUUUAUGGAAUUGAUCAAGACAAAGACCAGCGACACCGCAAUGAAACUGCUCUUGAUAGUUCAGAAGGAUCAACCAGAGAAGCUAGAAUGCGUCACCCGCGAAUUCUGGAAACGAUUUUGGUCGAAUGGUGAGCCGAUAUUUGACAAAGAAGAUUUUGAAAAGGUUCUGUCGGCUAGUGGGAUCACUGACCCUGGAAAAUUCAUAGAUCAGCUCAAAGAUGAAUCAAUAGAGAAGCAGCUUGAGAAAAAUACUUCAGACGCCAUCGAUAGUGGGGCCUUUGGUGCUCCUUGGAUUGUUGUUCACAAAGGCGAUGAAGAGCACGCAUUCUUUGGAUCUGAUCGUCUUCAUCUGAUUGCCCAUCUCCUGGGAGAAAAAUUUCAAGGAGGUCUCACUCACCUUUCAAAACUCUGAGAUUUUGCGCGUGUUCAUAGUUUUGAUUUGAUGAUUUAAUGCACUGAUGACUCACUCAGCAC